AUGGAUGAAAAACCAACGAUAACGCAAUAUCAACAGCCACCCGUUGACUUUUCAAAGUAUCAGAUGGAGGAUGGUCGUGUGGUCAGCACGCAUGAUCGCAUCAUCACUAGUGUUCCACCACCUGCCGUCGAGAUACCCACAGAUGAACAAUUGUGGAGCAAAGAACGACCCGGUUGUCCCAAUCUCAAUUUUCUAAAGCAGCACUUUUUGCAUGAAGGAAGGUUGCAAGAGCACCAAGCCUUGCAAAUCAUCAACACUGUAAAAUCAAUUCUACGCACUGAGCCCACCUUGGUGCGUGUACCAGCACCCAUCACUAUUUGUGGCGAUGUUCAUGGACAAUAUUACGACCUUAUGAAGCUAUUUGAAGUGGGCGGUGAUCCAGCCAACACCCGCUAUCUCUUCCUCGGCGACUAUGUAGAUCGCGGCUACUUCUCCAUUGAAGUAAUGCUUUAUCUAUGGGCUUUCAAGAUGUGGUAUCCACAAACGUUCACUCUGCUACGAGGCAACCAUGAAUGUCGCCAUUUGACAGACUACUUUACGUUCAAAAUGGAAUGUAAUCACAAGUACUCCGAGGAAGUCUACAAUGCUGCGAUGGAAUGCUUUGAUUGUUUGCCGUUGGCUGCUGUUGUGAAUGAUCAAUUUCUUUGUAUGCAUGGCGGCAUAUCACCUGCAUUGAAAACGUUGAAGGAUAUUGAAGAGAUUGAUCGAUUCCGUGAAACACCAACGAGUGGGCUGAUGUGUGAUUUACUAUGGGCUGACCCCUAUGAAGAUUUCGACGCUGAGCACAAUCCCAAGUUUGAUCACAACACAGUACGCGGUUGUUCAUACUUUUUCAGCUAUCGAGCAGCUUGUCAAUUCCUCGAUAAGAAUCACUUGUUAUCCAUUAUUCGUGCACAUGAAGCUCAAGCGAAUGGCUAUCGCAUGUACCGCAAGAGUAAAAGCACAGGCUUUCCAGCAUUGAUGACUAUCUUUUCAGCACCCAAUUACAUUGAUGUCUACAACAACAAAGCGGCUGUCCUACGAUACGAUAAGAAUGUCCUCAACAUCCGGCAAUUCAACUCAAGCCCUCAUCCAUAUUGGUUGCCCAAUUUCAUGAAUGUCUUCGAUUGGAGCUUGCCGUUUGUUGGUGAAAAGAUCACAUCCAUGCUAUUGGCUAUCCUCAAUAUUUGCAGUGCUGAAGAGCUUGAAUUGAGCACUGAGAAAGAUCAGCAUGCCUUAGAACAACGUGAACGAGAUCAUGAUUUGCACCGUCGAUUGAUUAUCAAGCGCAAGAUUAUGGCUAUCGGACGCAUGUCACGAGCCUAUACAGUUUUACGGGAACACUCGGAGCUUGUUAGCGAGUUGAAGCAUUUGUCUGCAGGUGGUAGAUUGCCACAAGGAACACUUAUGCUUGGUUCGGAGGGUAUUCGCAAUGCUAUCACAUCCUUUGAAGAGGCUAGACAAACCGAUCUUGUGAAUGAACGAUUACCACCCGCCACCGCAACACGUCGCGAUUCACAGGACGAUAUCAAGACGAAGAUUGUUGCCGAGCAAGAGCAUGAUGCCCCAGAAGACAACGUCCAGCAACCACCCGGCUUCUCUGCCGAAAAUAAGAGAUCAGGCGAUCGUGCUGCACCCGUUUAA